GACCCUUAUUCCAAUAUAAUUUCCAAUUUAUUCCAAACAAGGGACAACCUCUUUUUAUCCUUAUCCCACGUAUUAAUCCUCAAAACUUAUCCCAUCCUUUUAUCCUCCUUAUUCCUAUCCCUCCUACCAAACAUCCCGAUAAAAAAAUACGGAGGGUGUACAUUCUAAAAACUGAAAACGGACGGUGAUAAUGAACAAAUCAAAAGCUAGUUCGGACCAACUUGACAUCCCCCCUCUCUCCUACAAACACACACACUCUCUCUCUUCUAUUUUACUGUUCCAUUACAAUCCCCAUCUUCCUCUCUUUCUUACUCUCCCCCCCAGAACUGUGAAACAAAAUUCCACCCAAAAACCAAAAACAAAAAACCCUUUCAUUUCUACCAAAGUUUCUCACUUUCUUCCCCUUUAUUCAAGGUACUUACUUUGAAUCUUUGAUUCAUAGCCUCUGCUUCUUCUUCUUGCUUCUGCUGCUUCCUGGGUUUCUGCAGAUUCUGAAAUGGGUUAGAAGUAAUUUUUGGUGGGUAUGUUUUGAAUUUGUUGUUUAUAGUUUGAGAUUAUUGGAAAUGGUAGAAUUGAAUGGAAGGGGGUUUUGGGUUUUACAGCAGUUGGAAAGUAUCCCCAUUUCUGCUAAAACCACCAUUAAUUCCGCCAUGAAAACCUCAGAAAUGUAGAUGAGGAGGAGAGAAAGAGAGGAAGAACAAACCCCAACACCACCAUUUCCACCAAGAACAACAACGAAUCACCAAUUUCAUCAGCAAGAACAUCCACCACCCUUUAAUAAUCAGCAAUUCUACUUGCAGCAAUCUCAAGUUAGAGAGGUUUAUUCUCAGCUGGAACCCCAGAAUUCGGUACCCAUUUCACCACCCCAUCAACCCAUUAAGAAACGAUCUUAUAUUCCGUCUUCUUCGCCUUCGGUUGCGGUUGGCACACAACAUGUUCGACAAAAGGCCUCAAUGGGAGAUUCUUCUUUUGAGCAGCAGCAGCAGCAACAACAGCAGCAGCAGGUUUCCACUAGGUCAGCACUGAGAAGAGCUGGUAUAGGGGAGAUAGUUGAGGUUCAAGGGGGUCACAUUGUUCGAGCCACGGGGCGAAAGGACCGGCAUAGCAAGGUCUGUACUGCUAAAGGACCGAGAGACAGGAGAGUUCGGCUUUCAGCUCAUACUGCUAUACAGUUCUAUGAUGUUCAGGACAGGCUUGGGUAUGACCGUCCUAGUAAGGCUGUUGAUUGGUUGAUUAACAAGGCGAAGACUGCCAUUGAUGAGCUUGAUCAAUUGCCUGCUUGGAGUCCUACUAAUAUGAAUGUUUUAAGCUCGAAUAGGCGGCGUGGUAAGGGCUCUGCAGGAGAUGGGGUGGUGGAAUUGGCCGAGGAGAAGGAUGCAGGAAGUGCAGAGGGGAUGUAUGGUGGUGAGGAGCAACAACAGUUAUACAACAAUGCUAAUUGUUCGAAUUCUAGUUUGUUACCACCUUCAUUGGAUUCUGAUGCCAUUGCUGAUACUAUCAAGUCUUUCUUUCCUAUGGGUGGGGGCAAUGCAGGGCACCCACAAACGAGCUCGGCAUCAGCGUCUCCGAUGCAGUUUCAGGAUUAUUCUCAUGGUGGUUUGAUGCAAAGGAGUGGUGGUGGUAAUGACGGUGGUGGUAGUAGUAGGCAGAGUCAAGACUUAAAAUUGUCUUUGCAGUCAUUUCAGGAUCCUAUACUAAUGCACCCACAUUCACAUCACCACAGCGCUGCUGCUGCUCAUGAUGAGCAGCAGCAUACAUUGUUCCCAGGAGCUGUCCCAAUUGGGUUUGAAAACCCGAAUACGGGUUGGGCUGAUAGCCAACAUCAAUCAAACCCGGAAUUGGGACGGCUCCAUAGGCUGAUGCUUGGCUGGAACACCCAGCACACCGGUACCGAGCAACACAAUCUUGGUACCAGUAGUGGCAGUGGCAGUGGCGGGGGCGGAUUUAUCUUUAAUCAGCCCCCACCAUUGCUGCAUCCAUUGUUUGGUGGUGGCCAGCACAGCCAAUUUUAUACUCAGAGGGGACCCCUUCAGUCCAGUAACACACCUUCUAUCCGCGCAUGGAUUAGUGACCCAUCUUUUUCAAUUGCUAGCUCAAGUGAACAUCACAAUCAACAUCAUCAAGCUAUUGCAGUCCCCCCACAAGCCUUAUCAGGCCUUGGUUUUACUUCAGGUGGGUUUCCUGGGUUCCACAUUCCUGCUCGGAUUCAGGGUGAGGAGGAACACGACGGCGAUCCUAAUAGGCCGUCCUCUGCUUCCUCCGGUUCUCGCCAUUGAUUUAAGAAAUUUUGAAGACUCCCCUUUACCUGUUUCAGUCCCUAAAGGAAUUGUAUGAUUACAUAUGUUUCACAAACCGACUGGGAGACUAUGAUGAAGACAAGAAUUCAGAAGAAACAAUGGGGGAGUUUUCAGUUACUUUGAAUCAAUGGCUUUAAAUAUUCGGGAAGAUUAAAUCUGAGAAAUAAUUCAGGUUUUUUCUUUUUCGUAAAGUUAAAUUUCUUAUCAGUUAGUUUCUAUGAUAUUGUUGCUUUUAUGUUCAAGCUCUCAAUUAUGUUUAGGUGAGCUUGUUGAGCUCAACUUUGCUGAAACUCUGCUGUAUUUUCUAGUAUUUUGCUUUAUGCUACUAUAUGAUGCCUUCCUUUUAUGUGCUGC